UUUGUUUCCUUUUCACAGCAUGUCUCCAUCCCAAAAUGUUUCACUACUCUUCCUUCUUCAUUUUCUGGCUCUAAUCGUGUUCGCACAGCAAACUGCAGAAGCAAAGAGGUUGGCUGAGAAUGAGAUAAGUAAGAAAAACAGUUCGAUCUCUGCAUUUUUUGUGUUUGGUGACUCUACUGUCGAUGCCGGCAACAACAAUUACAUUCAAACCAUUAGCCGGAGCAACUUCCCGCCCUACGGAAAGGAUCUUCCCGACCACAUUGCCACCGGAAGGUUUACCAACGGCAAGCUCGUCACCGACUUUUUGUCUUCUUAUGCUGGGAUCAAAGACAUGAUACCACCCUACUUAGACCCCACUCUUACCGUCGACGACCUCAAAACCGGAGUUUGUUUCGCUUCUGCUGGCACUGGCUUCGACCCCCUCACCGCCCAAAUCAAUGUUGUAAUUCCAAUACAGAAUCAACUGAAAUAUUUCAAAGAAUACAAAUCAAGAAUGGAAAUGGAGAUUGGAAAGGAGAAAACAAGAAGGUUGAUAAAUAAGGCUUUGUUUGUAAUAAGUGCAGGCACAAAUGAUUUUAUGGUAAAUUAUUAUGGGCCCAUGCAAACUCGAAGCAGAACCUACAACAUUUCAAGCUAUCAAGAUUUCAUAUUGCAGCAAGGCCUUGAACUCACUCAGGCGCUACUGAAGAUGGGGGCGAAGAAGAUCGCCUUGGUGGGAUUGCCACCAUUCGGAUGCGUGCCAGCUGUCAUCACACUCAACUCCGACAACGCUCUCACUCACCGCGCCUGCAUCCAGCGCUUCUCCGACGUCGCCCGGCGCUACAACACCCUUCUCCAAAUCAAAAUAGCAGCUCUACAAAAGCAGAUCACUCCCUCUGCCAACGUGCUCUACAUCGACAUAUAUAACCCCAUCGAUCGCAUGGUUCAAAGCCCCCAACAAUUCGGAUUUGAAAAUGUGAACCUGGGAUGCUGCGGGAGCGGAAUGGUGGAAUUUUUGGUGUUGUGUAAUUCAUACUCUUCGGUUUGUUCGGAUGAUUCCAAGUAUCUUUUCUGGGAUUCCGUACACCCGACUCAAGCUGCUUAUUAUUCUGUUUAUCUCGGCCUUCGUCCGGUUAUUGAUCGCUUCAUGAAGGAUUAGCCAUAACUUUUUCUAACUCAUUGUUUCAUAUGCAUAAUAAAUUACUUAAUUUCUCUUUCUUUAUGUAUUGGGAGUUCGUUAUUCUCUAUGCGUAAGGGCAAUCGCAUGGGGGUGGAGUGGUUGGACCACGCGGCCUUGCCCAUAUGGGUGCCUAAAAACCUGAUUUGACACAUGAAUAGUACAAUUUGUUUGUUUUCUCA